AUGAUUGUUAUUGCUUGCAGAUCAUUAACAGUAGGUGAUGUGAUGAACAAUAUUUAUUCUAAGGACAUAGAAAAUCGUGCAGAUUUCGAGAAAGGUUUGUACAAAAGUUCCACUGAAAACCGCCAUUCUCUAUCCAUUCAAAUGAUUGAUCGACCUGAUCUUCAUCUGGCAGUGUCAGGCAAGACAUGGUCCGUUAUUCAGGAGCACUAUCCUUGGCUGAUACCCAAACUGGUUGUGAAAAGUACAGUGUUCGCUCGCUUUUCUCCAGAACAAAAAGCACAAGUGGUUGAAGCUCUUCAGUCAGUUGGUUACUUUGUUUCUAUGUGUGGAGAUGGUGCAAAUGAUUGUGGAGCUUUAAAAGUAGCUCAUGCUGGGAUUUCCUUAAGUGAAGCAGAAGCAAGUAUUGCUAGUCCUUUUACAUCAAAGAAACAAAAUAUAAGCUGUGUACCUAUGCUUAUAAAAGAGGGUCGUUGUGCUCUUGUAACAAGCUUUGGAAUGUUCAAAUUUAUGGCUGGUUACUCCCUCAUUCAAUCGUUUUCCAUAAUGCUACUUUUUGUGGUCGGUAGCAAUUUUUCUCAGUGGCAAUACUUACAUUGUGAUUUCGUCAUAAUUACAACGUUAGGUUUAACAUAAAAACAAAGCUUUUUGGAUGAACCCCCUCAAUCAUUUUGUCAAAUAAAUAUAUCUGAUUGCGAUAAUUUAAUUCUUUUCAAUUGAUUGACACACUCAAAUAAUGCAAAAAUUUCGAAUGAUUUUCAAACUGAUCAUGUUUGUUGUGUUGAGUAAAGUACAGAAUAUGUGAUCACAAACGAAUAUAUUGACGAAGGAGCGAUUUUUGUACAGUUCAAUCAAUAAUUGACAAUAAAUCAACCGAUGUUCUACAAUCACUUAUUUAUUUUUCACAUGCGUCUCAAGUUGUCGUUAGCAAAACAUUUGUUGUUCCAGUAUUCAGUCGUGCUUCAUUUUGACUGCAAUUGGUAAUUUUGAAUACGAAAUUUUCACUUUUACGUUCUAAAGAAUUCUUACUGCACUAAGUUUGGAAAGCAUACUCUCACACUCUGACCUUGAUGUUGUUCGUCCUAAAGUAAAAGAUCCUGACAGCAAAACGAUUGUUAAUAACCAAUGUGUUCGCUAUCAAUACCAUCGUUUUCUAUAUUUACAUAUGUACUGUGUAUAUAAUAUCAAAUAACAAUCAUUUUGUGUUUGCCUAUAUAAGUUGUUUAGGGUUUGCCUUGUUAUGCAAUUCGAUAAUUUUUUAAAGUAAAUCCUAUCUUGUUCUGCUGUUUUUUCCGUGUGUUUGCCAUAUUGCAUAUCAUCACUACUGCUGUUUUUUCUCAUUUUUUUGAAUAUGUAUAUUAAACCUGUACCUUGGCAUUCACAGCUUUUGUUCUGCUAAUACUAACUAAAGUUUCCUUGUUUUCUCUUUUUUCAAUAUUCUCUGUACUGCCUGCAUGGAACUAUUCAUUACUUCAAUUUUCGUUAGGGUUCAGCAAUAAUUGACGUGUUGAAGUUAUUGUCUUUUUAAUUUUUCCAUUUACUCUGUAUAGUGUUUUCCUCUUCGUCUAGUAGGUCUUGUAAACUUUGAAGCUUAUUACUAAAAUCCAUCUUGGACUGAUUCAGCUUGCUGUCAUGGUAAAGAGAGAUUGCAUUAAACCUUUAUUGUGCUGCUUCUUCAACUGUCCAACGCUUCUUAGCCUCAGAUUUGUCCGACUACCCCCAGGUUCCAUCUCAAACUACAUCAGAUCCUGUCUUUGUUCGUACGCCUUCCAUGGAUCUUUUUAAUGUUUUAUUGAUUCAG